AAGCAUUGGUAGCAUACGCACUAGCUGGAAGACGAUUGUCACGAAACACUGCGAACAGACGCGGAUGCCAUUCGUUGGAGAGAGAAAAGAUUCACUGCUAACGGGGUGGGUGGAGAGAGAAAUUAGCAUCUUCUUGUCGUGUCGUGCUAGUAUACGCAGCGUGCGCACUCCAAGGACACCAGAAGUCAAUGGAGUGUGCAGGAAAUCGUGGCAACCAACCGCAGCCAGCUAGCAAGUAGCGAGCUUCAUGUUCAGUGCGUGAUAUCGUUUCAGUCUUCAAUACAGAUUGUUUCACAUUGUGUUCUACUGUGGCCAUGUGCUGGUGGUGCUCGUGUCAAUCGUAAAACGUAAGCCAGAAUCAAGAAUCGCCCAACAAAAAAAGCUUUCCUGCAGUAAAACACUCCUCAGGAUCGCUGCCUGUCGGUGCUGGUGCUGGUGAGUUUCAACCUGUGUUGGCGGAAUAGACCGAAAACCCACCCCCACGCGAAAGACAAACUUUCGGACGGUAUUCUCGAAGAAGAACAGACCCGGCAGUGUAGUGACGGACGCCAAAGGUGUUAGAUCGUGCGGUUCGUGUUGCUUCGUGCGUACCAAACGUGCGUAAAAAAGCAGUGUACUGUGACAAAAUGAUUCCCUGGCAACGGUUUCUACUGUUCGGUGUGGUGACGCUGUUCGCGUUGCUAGCGGAUCGACAGCAGCAGCAACAGACCCAUGGAGCGACCGGAGCGAUGGCUAGUAUCAUCUAUGCCGGUUACAAGCUACCGAUGCCACACCACCGUACGUUCUAUAAAUCGUUCGGCGAACGUAAGAUCGGUCCCAAUCUGUACGAGGUGACGACCAUCAUCCAGGAGGACAUACUGAUCCGCAAACAGUGCGAAUGUAUGGUGCGCUACCGGUGCCGAGUGCCGCGGAACAUCUUCUACCUCGACAACCAUGACUGCCAUCAUCGGGAGCGAGUUUGCUGCGAGAUGCUGGAGAACGCGUACGAAUCGACCGCGAACGAGACGCGGAUGGCCGGUGAUCAAACGAGCGAUAAUGAAAUCUAAUCGUCUAAUAACCCACCUGAGUGCUUCUCCCGAUCGAUGUCCCCGAAAUCGAGCGACGAGUUUUUGCUGAGAUGGCGCGUCAUUGUCAGACAAUCCUUGGCACUGCCCUCGUUGAACACGGUCUGCAGGCCCCAGCUCCAAUCCUGAUCGGUGACGAUCCAGUUCAGUAGAUCUUCGGCGCGCAGUAUCACCUUGUCCGAGAUCGCGAGCACCUCGUCCUGUGGUGGGAGCAGGGAGAAGGGAAGACGAAACGAAACGAUGCGUUAGUAUAUUUAGAAGGAGAUGUGUGCAUUUAAUGUAUUAACCGGUAAAAUGUGCCUGUUUUAAAACCUAAUUAGCGUGUGAAUCAUUAAAUCUUCUGCAACAGAAGCCUGCAAAUCGAGUGCUACUAAUUGGAGCCCAUUCGAUGUUUAUCACUUGUAGAGCCAUUUGAUGCAUUUCAACGAAACUAAAAUAAACAUUAUUUUUACUAGU